AAUUCUUCGCAAGGGAAAAAAAAAGAUAAAAAAGAAAAAUAAUAGCAGUUGAAGAGGCAGCAGUUGUUGUCUCAGCUUUGCUUACUAGAGACACAAAAACCUGAGGGAAGUUAGGCCAACGGUUAGCUUCUCUCAAAGUUUCCCUCUUUCCAUUCACUUGGAAUCAAAGCAAAGGUUUUUUUCAGUUGAUUCUUGGUCACCAUCUCAAACCCAACUUCACCUUCCCCUCUCUUUCUCAAUCCUUCUCCAUAUUUCAUUCAAAUCCCUAUAUACUUAAAUACCCACCUCGGUUUCCCUGCUUUUUCAGGUUUGUUUCCUUUUUGGGAGUUAAUAAUUCCUGGUGAACGCGUGGUUCUUUAUUGGUUUCUGAGUAUUUAGAAGUUGGUGAGCUGUGACUAGCAAGUUGGGUAUGGCUGCCUCCAGAGCUAUUCCUGCAGAUAUAUAAGCUUAUGGUAUUUGUUUCUCAACUACCUCAUGUUUGUUAAUUUGCUCAUGGAAGUCCAGCUGAUAUAAUCCCCAGCGAUAUAUUUGUGAUUCAUCAGUUUCAUGAGAUUUGUGUUGAACAACAAAGUUUUUCGUUUUUUUUUUUUUUGCAAUUGUUAUUUGGGGCUGAAGUAGGAACUUGUUCAUUAGUUUUGGAGUAGUUGUAAUCAUGAAUACUCGUCACUCGUUUCAACCGGAUUCAUUGUGUAAUUCGAGCACUGCGGUUCCGUUUUCGUCGAAUCCUACUGGAGAAGAAGAUAGAGUGGCUGCAGGUUCCCGGAACAGGUCUCCUCGUGCCGCGUCUUCUUCGAUUUUGAUAAGGAUGGUGAUGAGGAUGUCUAGAGCAAGGUGGUUUACCUUCUUGAGGAGAGUUUUUCACUACCAGAAUGGAUCGAGGUCCGACCUCGGGUCCAAUCCUUUCAAUUCCAGCACUUGGAUGAUGCUGGAGUUCUUGAUUUUGGUAAUUCAGAUUAGCAUCAUCACAUUCACUUUAGCCAUUGCAAAGAAGGAGAAGCCUGUUUGGCCUAUGAGGAUAUGGAUUGUUGGCUAUGAUAUUGGUUGUGCCCUUAGUUUGUUACUUCUUUACGGGCGCUACCAUCAUCUUCACAUCACUCAAGGAGACGGUUUUGGCCUUGCCGACGUCGAACAACAGAGGACAAAUGAAGAAUCGAGGAGCACACAUUUGAUGAACAAGUGCCGGACAUCACUAGAACUGUUCUUUGCAAUAUGGUUUGUGAUGGGGAAUGUAUGGGUGUUCGAUUCUCGAUUCGGAUCCUUCCACCGAGCUCCAAAUCUUCACGUGCUUUGCAUCUCUUUGCUAGCUUGGAAUGCUCUGUGCUACUCUUUCCCAUUUCUGUUGUUCCUACUUCUAUGUUGUUGUGUGCCACUUAUUAGCAGCCUCUUAGGUUACAACAUGAACAUGGGUUCCACUGAUAGAGGAGCAUCUGAUGAUCAGAUCUCCAGGCUACCUAGUUGGAGAUACAAAGAAAUCAGCACCAACUCGGAGCUAGAUCACAAUUCGGACCACACAAACGAAGAUCCAGAGUGCUGUAUUUGCCUAGCCAAGUACAAAGACAAAGAAGAGGUGAGGCAGUUGCCAUGUUCCCACAUGUUUCACCUCAAGUGUGUGGAUCAAUGGCUCAGGAUUAUAUCUUGCUGUCCACUUUGCAAACAAGAACUGGAGAGAUAGAAACAAAGAAAGCAAAUACCAGAGCUGAAAAAGCUCUUCUCUUCUUCAUUAUAUUUUUCCCUUCCGUUCACUAUGGUGUGAUUUAUUUUAUUUGUAUACGGUAUAUUCACAAAGGUUACUUGAGUGAGUUUAUUGUUUUGUACAGUGGAUGCUCACCAGUAACCAACUUUUUUUCCUUUUUGGCUGAAAUUUUUAUACUGUUUCUGGGAAUAUGUAUAGCAGUAAGAAUCAAGAAUGAAGAUUUUAAUUUUGGUUAA